AUGCAACUUUUCCUUCUACUCCUCCUGGGAGCCCUGGGCUAUUCGUUGGCCUAUUCGCGCAGCUAUAGCUACACGUAUCCCCGCCGAAGGGCAUACUCGGCCUCGUACUCCGGCAACUCCCUGGGCGGCCGGAAGGCCAAGGAGGAGACCACCACCAGCAAGUCGGACAAGGAGAAUGCCAAGUUCGCCGGCGCCUCCAACCAGGAGUUGGACGAAGUGGGCGAUGAACGCACCCUGCUGCUGAAGAAGAAACUCAAGAGGUUGGCCAGGCCGUACCUGGGAGGAUAUGGCGGAUACGGUGGAUAUGGCGGCUAUGGAGGAUACGGAGGAUACGGCGGUGGCCCCUGCUCUCCAUUUGGCCGCGAUGCCAAGGGCGGGCAGAAGGAUCCCGACGAGCAGGGUCGCUUCCUGUUCGACGUGAAUGUGGUGAACGUCUAUCCCGGCGGAUGUCGUGGCUACGGAGGAGGUGGCCUUGGCGGCCUUGGCGGAGGCCUCCUGUCAGAUCCCCUGCCACCCGUUCAGCCCAUUCCAGUGCCAGUGCGUCCCUAUGCUCCCUUCGCCACCUGGCUGUCGCUCUUCGCCCCGGGAGUUCUUAACUCUGCCGUAGUGCCGGGUGUCCCGAUUCGAGAUCCCCUCCGCGAUCCCAUUCGCCCCGCCGGAGAUGCGCAGAGCGAUCCCGAGGUGGAUCCCAACUAUUCGGCACCUCCUCCAGUGCGGCGACCCGUUCCCAAUCGCGUCUACUACGACUCUGCCGGAGCGCCCCCUGUGACCCCGGCCCAGUUGGUUGGCGGCGUGGCCACCACGGUGAACGGAAUCAUUCAGCAAUUGACGGGUCAGGUGCAGCCAGUUUACCAAACGGGAGGAUUUCGGUCCAGGGAUCAGAGGAGCAGCUAUGGAUAG